AUGAUGUGCAGUAGCAAGAGUUUGCUCCUGGCUGCUUUGAUGUCAGUGUUGCUACUCUACCUCUGCAGCAAUUCAGAAGCAAGCAACUUUGACUGCUGCCUCCAAUAUACAGAAAAAAUCCUUCAUCCCAAAUUUAUCGUGGGCUUCACACAGCAGCUGGCCAAUGAAGCUUGUGACAUCAAUGCAGUCAUCUUAUACACAAGGAGAAGAUUAGCUGUGUGUGCAGAUCCAAAGAAGAAUUGGGUGAAACAAGCAGUGCAUAUCCUCAGUCAAAGAGUCAAGAAGAUGUAA